AUGAACUCAUUGAAUAUCUUGUCCUCGCGAGUCAUUGGACAAUCUUCCAGCUCAUCACGACCACGAUCGCAAUCCCAAGGCGACAACAAGCGCAUACCUCUACCGAGUGACUUUUCCAAACACCGUUCCUACAGCGAAGACAACUUCCGUUCCCUCGAUAACUCAGAAAAUAAUUAUGACGGUGGACCACCGCCUGUGACCGAAGAUGCAGAGGAAGACGGGACAUAUGGCUCCGACGAGAAGACACCACUACUCCAUGAGGCUCACAAGAAUGGCACAUUUACUGCUCGAAGCACUUGGCGACUAAUCACCCAACGGUUUCUCGAUGCGAUUACGGAGACCAUUAAGUUCAUUCUGACUACGAUUGCUGCCCCUGGUGUAUACCUGGCACAUUGCUUUCAGGCUGACGAUGGCAACUAUUCACUUCUGGCACCUAUCCGGAAGUUGCGGCGCUCCUCUGCCGACCCAACAAGCCGGUCGGAUAAAGGGGCCAUCCGGGUAGAUGGUCGGCGUCGCAGUGGCUCCACCCGGAAGCUCCGACCUCAAAUAUCCAACGAAUCCAUUACAUCAACAACUUCAGAAUCAGACACCGAUCGACGAAGGAAUUCUGAAAGCGGGAAGCACCGGCACACAAAGUCAAGAGGUCACGAUCCAGACCCGAUUCCAGAAGCGGAAGAGUACGAGCACACGCCCCGUCGGUCUAUACGAAUCAAGCUUCACAAUGAAGAGUCUCUCAAGCGGCAAAAACAACGAAGAUCCCAAAGUGCAGAUUUAGGACCGCCAAUGCCCGAGGGUGUCUCUCGUGUCCAAGGCACUGUGCAGCUGGACAGCCUAAAGUCCCCUACCUCCCCCAACAUCCACCGCAUUACCAAGUACCCACAUUCUCCCACUCCCCCACGCCCGCUUCUUCCCCCACGAGUUCCUUCAUAUACCGCGGCUCCUCGAAACGCUAGACCCCCGCAGAAGACGUUGGUUCUGGACCUCGACGAGACCCUCAUCCACUCGCUCGCCAAGGGUGGCCGGAUGUCUAGUGGACAUAUGGUCGAGGUCAAACUUUCCAUGCCCACGACUACGGCAUUGUCUCCAGGCGGGCCGCAGACCACAUUAGGACCUCAACAUCCCAUUCUAUACUAUGUCCAUAAACGACCACACUGUGAUGAAUUCUUGCGCAAGAUCAGCAAGUGGUAUAAGCUCGUCAUUUUCACGGCCAGUGUCCAAGAGUAUGCCGAUCCUGUUAUCGACUGGCUCGAACAGGAACGAAAAUAUUUCGCGGGUCGCUUAUACCGGCAGCAUUGCACGUUCCGCAACGGCGCGUACAUCAAGGAUCUCAGCUCCGUGGAACCGGACCUAAGCAAAGUGAUGAUUUUGGACAACAGUCCUAUGAGCUAUAUCUUCCACGAAGAUAAUGCGAUUCCGAUCGAAGGCUGGAUCAACGACCCCACGGACAAUGGCCUUCUCCACCUGGUUCCCAUGCUGGAGGCUUUGCAGUAUGUUACAGAUGUCAGGGCUUUCCUUGCACUUCGCCGUGGUGAGAUCGAGUCAUAA